AUGUCGACGACCACAGUGACAGCCAUGCAGAGCUCUCAUCCGCCCAUAGCUCCCAAGGACUUUUCCGCACAGCAACCCAAGACCAUUCGUCUUUACCCCCUUUCCAAUUACACAUUCGGUACCAAGGAAACACAGCCAGAAGAGGAUCCAUCGGUACUAGCCCGCCUAAAGCGUCUCGAAGAGCAUUAUGAAAAGCACGGUAUGAGGCGGACCUGCGAAGGUGUCCUUGUGUGCCACGAGCACAACCAUCCGCACGUUCUGAUGCUGCAGAUCGCCAAUGCAUUCUUCAAGCUACCCGGUGAUUACCUUCAUUUCGAGGAUGACGAGGUUGAAGGGUUCAAGAAGCGACUUAACGAGCGUCUGGCGCCGGUGGGAUCACAAUUCUCCGGAGAGGGUGUCAACGAAGACUGGGAGGUCGGCGACACGCUUGCCCAGUGGUGGCGGCCGAAUUUCGAGACCUUCAUGUACCCCUUCCUCCCCGGACACGUCACCCGACCUAAGGAGUGCAAGAAGUUGUAUUUCAUUCAACUGCCCAAGAAGAAGGUCCUCUCGGUCCCUAAGAACAUGAAGCUGCUCGCUGUACCGUUAUUCGAGCUAUACGACAACACGGCCCGUUACGGCCCACAACUCUCCGCCAUCCCUCAUCUUCUUUCCCGAUACAACUUUGAGUUUGUUGACGAGAACGACAAUGUUGUGGCAGCUACACCAGGAGCGCCUCUGCCUGAGCAUCAGAUUCCCCGCACCAAGGUUCUCGCAGGCGAAACCACCGAGGGACAGGAUGCUGGCAUGACAGAUUACACCGAAGGAGGGGAGAAUGGUGGGGAGAACGUACAGUAA